AAGAUCUUUAUUGAUUUUGAGAUGGAGUCUGGUGAUGUUGAACAAUCCUUGCUUCCCAAGCUGUCCGAUUCCAAUAAGAGGAAUUCUCUCCAGAGAAGAAAAUCGAUCCAUCAUGAAAUUUUUUCACGUUCAUUAGAACACAACGAUCAACCACGAAAUGGUGAUGAAGCAUCUCAUCAACGUGUGGUUGUUAAACAAGUUAGUUUUAGGAAAGUGUUUGUUGUGUUGGCUACUUAUUUGGGAGGAGGAACACUUUGCUUCUUCCUUGUUGGAGAUCAAAUCAAUGGCAAGAAAACAAACGGGAUUGUUGAUGCCAUUUACUUUUGUGUUGUGACAAUGACCACUGUUGGGUAUGGUGAUCUUGUUCCUAAUAGCAUUGGUGCAAAACUACUUGCUUGUGCUUAUGUCUUCACUGGAAUUACUCUUGGUGGGAUGCUUCUUAGCAGGGCGGCCGAUUACAUUGUCGAAAAGCAGGAAAUACUUCUUGUUAAGGCCAUUUUCAUGAGCAAAAAGAUCAGCUCCGGUGAGCUCCUUCGAGAGUCUGUGGCACACAAACUCAAAUACAAAAUCCUUAUGACUGGAAUCGUCCUUUGGGUUCUCGUUGUUGUCGGUACUCUUUUCUUGAUUCUGGUUGAGAAGUUUGAGUUCACAGAUGCCUUUUAUUGUGUUUGUUCCACAAUCACAACUCUUGGCUAUGGGGACAAGAGCUUCUCUACAACAACUGGUCGUGUUUUUGCUGUCAUUUGGAUAAUGAGCAGUACCAUCUGCUUGGCACAGUUCUUUCUGUACCUCGCCGAAUUACGCGCCGAGAGGAGACAGAAAUCACUAGUGAAUAGGGUUCUCUCCCGAGACCUCACGUACUCCGAUCUCGAAGAAGCAGACCUUGAUCAUGAUAAAGUAGUAAGUGCUGCUGAAUUUGUUGUAUAUAAACUGAAGGAAAUGGGAAAGAUCAAUCAGGAAGAUGUUUCACCAAUACUUGACACUUUUUAUAAGCUUGACAUUGAUCAAUCAGGAAACUUAACAGAAGCUGAUUUAGUAACUUCAUAGUCGUCGGUGUAUUGACACCGAACUCAUAUCAGACAAUAACUCACGUAGAGCAUCGGAUGAGGUGAUCCUUGCUCCUUAAUUUGUCCACUUUCUUAGUAGAUAUAAACCUCAUGUUCAUGGCUAACUUUUAACGGAUCAUUCAUCAGAAAUUUCCUUCACCCAUUUGGAUUCAAACAGAAUAUGUGAAGAAUGCAUGCAUUAUUGCACUCUGAUUCUAUUUACAAACCAUUUUAGAAUUGAAUACAUGUU